AUGGGUCGUCGAAAGAUUUUGGGGACAGUCACGCUGCAAUCGGGGGGCUCGUACACAGGCUGGUCGGCUUCUGGCGUCUGUUCCCGUGAGGUCUUGCAGCAGAAGUUUGAUCAAGCUCUGACGGAGACUCGUGCGACAACGCUCUACGCUGAGACAACAAAAUGCCAUAUCGAACGGAUGGAGAAGUUUUGGACCGAGUAUUGUGCUAUCUUCGCUCUUGAACCUCGCAAGACACUGAGAGAGUGUCAGACUGCUCGCAUAGAGAACUUCCUCCACUGGGUAGUGACAACAUGUACGAUCAAGAAAAUAAGUACAGUCACAACCUACUGGCGGCAACUGAGUCAGCUACAUAUCACUUGGUGGCAAUGCCGGGUCUCACCCCAAACUCUGAAAGAGAUCUUUGUGUUUAUUGAAGGUCGUUUGACGAAAGAAUAUGGCCUGGAUAACACCAAAAGUGAGAAGCCACUGCUCGAGGCUGAAGAGUUUAUUAAGGUUGCGGCCAUUCUUCUGCUGGCCGCUUAUACUGGCUCAAGGCCUAGGGCACUUCUCAACAUCAUAUAUCGCGACCUACGCCUGUAUGUGGAGAAGCACCGCAAGACCGGACAGAAGAGGAAACGGCCCAAAACCUACAUUUUCUAUCUUGACAAGAACCUAGUUUUCUACAUCAUCACCCACAUGAUUAGCAUUGCCUUCGAUGAUGAGGCUUAUAAUGCGCCAGAGGAUUUCUCCCCAAGACAUCUAUUUACGCUGAAAGCGAAGAAAAAGCCCAGUCAAACUCUCGUUCUUCUCGGAGUUGCUCUAGGCUUCAUCUACACCCUGACGACGUAUUGUCUGCGAAGAAUAUUAGGCAAUGCCAUCAAUGAUGAUCCCAACUCGAACGCGGCGGUGCGAAAUCUAGUCCUUGAUCAUGGUACCGGAUCUAAGAUCUUCGAACGCAACUACAUCUCGCGGACGAUUCGUUAUUUUACCCAAGAUUACUUCUGGGGGAAAAGCUCCGAUCAUGAGUCUGCAAGGACUGCGAGCCAGAUCGGCCUGCUCUGA